AGGGCGCUUUAAGAGGAAAGGGGAAAAUAAGAAGACGAAGAAGAAAAAAGAAAAACUGAAGCGCAGUAGCACAUUGAUCACACUGCAUCGGGGAGAACAAAGGCCUGAGUUGACUGGAAAAGAUCGCCAGAGUUCCAACCACCAUGUCUAAACGGCCAUCAUAUACCCCAGCCCCCCCUCCUGUCCCAACUACUCAAAUGCCUUCCACCCCAGGCUUUGUGGGCUACAACCCUUACAGCCAUCUGGCCUACAACAACCUCAGACUGGGAGGGAGCUCCGCAGGCUCCAGCAGGAACCUCUCGGGCAUCACGGUCCCAAAGCCCCCCAAACCUCCAGACAAACCGCUGAUGCCUUACAUGCGUUACAGCCGGAAGGUAAGCAGGAAGGUCUGGGACCAGGUGAAGGCGUCCAACCCAGACUUGAAGCUGUGGGAGAUUGGCAAGAUCAUUGGCGGGAUGUGGAGGGACCUGACUGAUGAAGAGAAACAAGAUUACCUGAAUGAAUACGAGGCUGAGAAGAUCGAGUAUAACGACUCCUUGAAGGCGUACCACAACUCUCCAGCCUACCUGGCGUACGUGAACGCCAAGAACCGCGCUGAGGCGGCGAUGGAGGAGGAGAGCAGGCAGAGGCAGAGUCGCAUCGACAAGGGAGAGCCAUACAUGAGCAUUCAACCUGCCGAGGACCCUGAUGAUUACGAUGAUGGCUUUUCAGUGAAGCACACUGCAGCGGCUCGCUUCCAGAGGAACCACCGGCUCAUCAGCGAUAUCCUCAGUGAGAUCGUGCUGCCUGAUGUACGCUCCGUGGUGACCACGGCACGCAUGCAAGUCCUGAAGAGGCAGGUUCAGUCUCUCAUGGUGCACCAGAGAAAACUCGAGGCCGAACUUCUGCAAAUUGAGGAUCGUCAUCAAGACAAGAAAAGACGCUUCUUGGAGACCACCGACUCGUUCAAUACUGAACUCAAGCGGCUGUGCAGUCAGAAGGUGGAGGUGGACAUGGACAAGCUGGCGGCUGAGAUGGCAGCAGCGGACGAGGCUGCCCGGCGGCGGGUGGAGGAGAAGGAACGCGAGGCGGCUCAGGAGGCGCAGAAAGCCGUGAAGCAAGCGCAACAAGCUCAAGAGGGAGCUGCAAACCAAAACGCCGCCGCCGCUGCUAACCCUGCCGCCGACACCCACCACCAAGACAAGUUCACACCCAUGGAGACAGAUGGAGGAGCACCUGGUGAGGCUUCUUCAGACCCCCAUUGUCCUCCAGCUCCAUCAUGUGAUGCCUCUGUGAAGUCUGAUCCUCUCCUGGAAGCCAGCAACAAGAGCCUGAAUCCCAACUGCAGCAGCAACAGCGCUGAUAGUAUGGAUAGCGUAGCCACCUUCCCAGAAGCUCCAGCAGACCAGGACAGCGCUUCCAGCACACCUCCACCAGCUCUGCAGCUCACUUAAUGUCUCCUCCUGUGGACACAGCUGGAGUACUCAUGGACUUGACUAAACUACUGUAUACUUGCUCAUCACAAAUACCUGCUAACAUCGCAUUCCAUUAGGCCUUCCACUUUUCCACCCUUAGUUGAACUCCACGACCUUUUAGUUGGAAUAAAAUUAGCCUUGCACCACA